GCUAACUAAUUGUUUGGGCUCCGAUCACGUUUUCCUCCGCGCCGCUGGGUGGCGCUGCUGUCCCCUUUCUCCAGCGGAAGUGCUCAAAUCAACCUGUACACCGCUACAGGAUGAAGCGGGGCGCUAACUUUUAUCCUUAACCUGUUAAUAACACAGCCUGAUAGUCAGUUAUAAACGCUCAUUUAGUAUUUCUUUACAAACGGGGAAAUUAGUUCAGAAAAACAAAAAGUAACGUUUAAUUUAUGCGGCGUCAGAGCGGAGCCGGUGCUGAAUGUGCGGGAAUGAACUCAGAGAGAAGCUAGUAAGCUAAGCUAAAUGCUAGCCCCAUGCUAGUUGGAUUUGUAAUGAGAGAGCGCAGCGCGAGCGCCUGUGGACAUGGCAGCGGGAGCUACAGCCGCUUCUGGCGGCUCUCUGGAGGCGACAUUAGAGCGGAAAUUCCGGAGCGUGACCAACACGAUGGACUCUAUUCAAGGACUGUCAACGUGGUGCAUCGAUAACAAGAAAUACCACAGCCUCAUUGUGCGGCACUGGAUGAAGUGUCUGAAGAAAUCUGAUUCGUCUCACCGCCUGAACCUGCUGUAUCUCGCCAACGACGUCAUUCAGAACUGCAAGAGGAAAAACGCCAUCGUUUACCGGACGGCGUUUGCGGAGCUGCUUCCAGACGCCUUCCUGCUGGUCAGCCAUGAGGGCGACUCCAAGGUUCAUAAAUCGGUGGAGAGGAUUCUGACCAUCUGGGAGGAGAGGGAUGUGUAUUCAGGAGCUCUGAUCGCUGAGCUGAAGAGCAUCUUAACCAAAGAAGACUCUCCUCCUGCUGAACAACAACAACAACAACAGACUCCAGUCGAGUCAAAGGCGGACCUGCGGUCCAAAGUUCUGGCUGAGUUUGUGCCUCAGGCGCUGUUCGACCAGCUGUCCAAGUACAAACGCUCCCUGGAGGAGGUGGACCUCCGGGAGAAGCAGCUCGCCGCCAUGAGGGUGGACAUCUUCAGCACCGAGGCUCUGAAGAAGCUCAAAGACAAAACUGGAGGAAAGAAGUUCUCCAAGGACUUUGAGGAGGGAAGUGCCCAGCUCCACGAGUUUGUGAAGUUCUUCGAGAAACAAAUGAAAGCCGGCCCUCAGCUGCUGGAGGCCCUCACCAACGCAGACAUCUUCUAUGAGAUGCAGUACAAGGAGGUCAAGAUAGUCGCCAACGCCUACCAAACCUUUGCUAACCGGGUGUCCCACCUGAAGCGGAAGCUGGACGCCCUGAAGGCCAGUCUGCCCGACCUGGACGACUCCCCCAUCCCUUCGCCGUCCGCCGACGCGCCGUCCCCCACCGGCUCCGAGAGCCCCUUCCACGGUCUGGAGCUGGCCCGGCCCGACCCGGAUCUAGACGGCUCCGCUAUGGACGACGACGCCGAGCCCCCGGCGCCGAGCCCCCUGUCUUCACCGGGAGCGUCCCCCAAAAACCCAGAGGUCCUCGGGGGGAACGACAAUCGGGAAGUGGAGGACAUGGAGCUGUCGGACGAAGAGGCGGAUAACGGGGGCAUCAUAGUUGAGGACCAGAAUGAAUCUGCCCCCCUCCCUGAGGUGUCCACUCCAGUCGCUGCAAAGAUCUGCCCGUCUGUGACCCCCGAUCCCUCCGCCGCUCAGGUCCUGCCGCCUCCAGCUCCUUUUGGAGCGGCUGUAGAAACAGUGAAGGUCACAGAAAAGCCCCCACCUGUGAACUCGGCGGAGCCCCCCCCUGCUGCACCUGUGCUCCUGGGAGACCCCAGCUCGCUGGUCAGUCUGCUCUCCAAGGUGGACGUGAGUCCGGCGGAUCUCCUCAGCGCUCUGUCAAAGGUCCAGAGCCAGAGCAGCCUCCAGGGCAUCAGCGUCCCAGAAUGCAACAGCGCCGAUAAGAUUCCCCCCUCCUCUCAGAGCCCGUCGCUCUCCGUGCCUUCGUCCGUCUCCUCGGCCCCCCAGCAGACCUCCAACAAAGCCUCGGCUCUGGUCCAGGCUCUGCACCGCGACAUGGAUCUGAGCGGCGAGCCAGAAGGCUCCGCCUCCUCCUCCAGCUUAGACUCUAAAAUCCACAACUUCCUGAAGGGAAACCCGGCCUUCAGCGCCUUCGACCUCAGCUUCCCUGCUCCUGCUCCGGGGGGGAACAGUUUCAGCCCGGCCACCGGCACGGACACGCGGGGGGGGACCCCUGUGAGGGACGAAGGGGGCGGGACCCCGACUCAGGAUGAGGUCAUGGACAAACCGGCGGCGGCGCCGUUCGCUUCCAGCAGAAAUCUGUCGUCUGCCGGUGAAGCGACGCAGGCCCCCGCCCACCUCCCACAGCAGACACGCCCUCAGCCAGGUAAGGCCCAGAACGGGCAGGUGUACCAGCCGUACGCCGGGACCGAGGCGAACGCCGCGCCCUUCCAGCAGAUCUCCGUGCAGGACGUGGGGGGGUUUCCGGGGGCAAAUGACAGAAACUGGUACGGGGACAACUACCCAGAGGGGGGCGCCCAACAGCAGGGCGGGUACCACGGGGCGGCGCCCGACACCAACCCGUCAGGGCGUUUCCCGUUCCCAACAGAGCCCGCUCAGGACCUCCAGAGGUUCGCCCCCCAGCAGGUGCCCACGGCAGCCCCCGCCUUCUUCAGCAGCGCCCUCCCCCCCAAUCCCCGUUCCCGCGGUUCCACGGUCCAGAACCGAGGUUAAGGGUCAAACGGCCCGGCCCGAGAGGAGGGGGUCCGAUGUUCGGCCCAAAGAGACCCUUUCUGCCCCCGCGGUUCUGACGGGACGCCGGUGAGAAGAAAGUGGAGGACGAGGAGACGACGGGAGGAUCUGAGGGCGAGACAGAAGAGGAGAAGAGGUGGAUGCACAAACAUACUUUCAUUCUGUCCUUCACUUCCUGUCUCUGUAGUCCAACAUGGCGGCCAGCAUGUCCUCCGCUAAACCCUCGCCUCAUUUGGUUUCAAUUUGAAAAUAUUUUUGCUACAAAAGUCAAAUGUAGAUAUCUCACAUUUUCACGCCGAGCGGUUUUUCCCGCUCCUCAUUCAGAGCUGAGCGGGAAUGUUCUGUUUCUGACCGUCUGUUUGCGUGAGCGAUCCUUGUAGUCGAGCAGGAACCUUCGCCGGUUGAUCCACGGCUCUCCGGUUCGUUUUUUUUUUUUUUUUUUCGGGCCCUGACGGCGGCGCAGGAGAGGAGGCAGACGUCUGGAGGAGAUGAAGAUCUUCGUCUUCAGUUUUAUUUCCUUGUACUGAAUAAUAAAAA